AUGAGUCCUGGCUCAGCUCAAGCUAAGAACAAGGGGCCCAAAGCAUGCACGACAUGCGCUAAGGCUAAGGCAAGGUGCCAUCGACUGGAUAAGCCAUGCGUGAACCAAACUCCGGCUCCGGCCCGGCCCCGUAGAAGUCCAAAGCUUUCUAAGAUAGCAGCUCUGGAGAAACGCCUUGAAGAGUUGUCUUCACACGUGCGCCGCGAGUCCUCUUCAGAAGAAGAAGAGUCGACUCCAUCCCAAACAGAUGCGAGCCGAUCAGAGCUCUUGUGCAGGUCUGAUGCAUGGAGCUUUGGUCACUUGUUUCCUUCUAAGCCGGGGACUGACAGUAACCCUGGUCAACACCCUCCACCAUCAGCUCCGGACAAGAUACGACCAUGGGAUUCUUGGUGGCCCACGCCACAUGAAGCGGAGCUGCUGCUUAACGGCUUCAGGACCAUCCACUCAUGCCUGUUCCCGUUCGUGUGUGUGCCUGCACAUAUGACAGCUUUGGAGCUGCGGGAGCAUCGACCAUUCCUAUGGAAGGCCGUCAUGAUGGUGGGGUGCUUUCUCGACGGGGCUAGACAGGUUAAGCUUGGCCAAGAGUUAUUAGCUGAACUUGGUCGAUCAGCUGUUGUAGAUGGGCUCAACAACCUUGACCUACUGCAAAGCCUGCAGAUCCUCGUGGCAUGGUUUCACUACGGGCUAAAGGGCUCGCAGUUGACAAACCUCUUGUUCAUUGCUCGAGCCAUUUGUUCCAACUUGAGGUUCAAAGAAGAUGCGACCCUCAAGGGCGAUGAUUUCGAUCGUAACCUGGACCAUAUGAGGGUGUACUCCGGGACGUUUUAUCUUAACACUCUGGUGUUUGCGACAAACAGACGACCAGAUCUUCUGAUGAACACAACGCAUCUGGACAUGUGCUGUAGGAUUCUUGAGACAACCAUGCAAUACCCAUCGGAUGAAUACCUGGUGAAACUUGUACGCAUCCAACAGCUGGCUCAGUCCAUAUCUAUAACUAUGGCGCCGGAGAACCUCGACCAAACUACCGACAAGGUGCCAUUGACAAUGGUAGUACAAUCUUUCGAGGAACAAUUGCGACAAUAUAGGGAAUCCCUUAAUCCACGGUUUUCUGACAACGAUAACCUCAAAUCGCAUGCGUUGGUGGCUGAAGUGCUUCUUUACGAGAUUGCCCUCUCAGAUCAACCCUCUGCGACAAACUAUCUCCCUCUAACGGACCGAUUGCAGCUUCUUUGGUCUUGUCUCCGAUCCCUCAAAACAUUUUUCGAUCUCCGUUUUGAUCACCGAGAACUCGAACGACCACGUUUCCUAUGCAUGAGCGCUACCGAAUUUGUAUACACGGUCAUUGCUGGCAUCAAGAUCGUGACACUACAACUCCCAGGAUGGAAUCUUGUCAAUGUUCAUGGAGAGCUUGACGUAGUAGAAGUCAUGAGCCAACAAGCUCAAGACCUGGAUAUUAUUGUCCAGCGCCGUAAACAUGGCAACAUGCUGGGCACAGCAACGCCUGCAGGGAUUCCAACACCUCCUCCUCCGCCUGAUCCAUUUGAGAGACUCGUAAGACAGCUCAAGAAUGUACGGGACCUGGUCAGAGCUGAAAGGCAGCGAUUGCUUGCUGGAGCCGGUAACUCUGACCUUGUGAAUUUCAGCCAAGAGUUUCUACUGGAUGAUUCAGGGACCGAUUUCUGGCAGGCGGCGGCGACUAGAGGUUACAACGUGUGGCAUAUCAUUGGUGACCCUAGUGUCUUGAACGAGUCAUCUUGA